GAUAGCAUGCAGCUACGUAAAUUAAUCAGGAAGCUUCAAAACAAUAGAUCGCUAAAAAUUCCGUUUUAUUUUGAAGAAUGGUGAUUUUUGAGUGAUUACAAAGUUUGCUACCAAGGAACCACAGGGAUACAGAAUUAUAAAUGUCACGAUAGUAAACAAAUAGUGAACUUUGUAGAUACAAUGGCGACAGGAGAAUCAAACACGUCUGAUCUGCAGACUCUUCUGCAUUAUAAUCGUCCUAAUCGCCCAAAAUCGACCCCACCCACUAAUCCAACAAAGGAGGAGUCCACUUUGACACUUCCCAAUCAUCAAUACAGGGCGGCGUCAGUCAUCCCCUUUGGCAGCAGGACCGAUGACGAAACCACGCCCCUCAUGGGUGUAAUCAGAGGAAACAGUGAUACAUUUGUCCAGCACGAGGAAGAAGAAGAGACGGCCAUUGACAAAGAGAGUAUAAAGGAGUACUUCAGCUUGAGGAACAAAUGGACCUUACUUAACCACCUGAAGAUAUUAAUUCUGGUCGCCAUUACCUUUACCUGCUGUAUUUUCAUUAUGACGGCAGAAGAGUCCGAAAAGACAUGGCGCCAGCUGAGUCUUGGAAAUGAGGUUAAAUAUGAACAAUUCAAAUCCAAUGAACAUCCUGUUAGAUUAUUUCUAAAAGGACCGAUAUCAGAAUCAAAAGAGAACAUGACAAUUCCCCUCAGCGUGGGUACAGGAAACAAGAGUGAAACUUGGACUUUAAAUAUCAAUACCACUAUGCUGAGCAACGAAGAUACUGUUGAACUGGAGCAUAAAUUUACAAGCAAGAGCGAAACAGAAAACAUUUCUUUCGAGCUGACAUCGAACCAAAGCGUCCCCCUGCUAUGGAGAGGUGAAGAACUACCGACAGAGGAGAUCGUUUAUGCCGCACUCAUCCUGCUGUUUGUUUAUGCUAUGAUUAUUUUUGAGCUUGUGCAUAGAACAUUGGCUGCAAUACUUGGAUCCCUUGCUGCCAUAGCGGUUUUAUCUUCUUUUCACAAGCGCCCUGAUCUAGCCGCCAUUAUCGCUUGGAUUGACAUGGAGACCCUGAUGCUCCUCUUUGGAAUGAUGGUCAUAGUCUCCAUUUUCUCUGAAACAGGCUUUUUUGACUCAUGCGCACUACAGGCCUAUAAGUUGGCAAAGGGGCAGGUCUGGCCAUUGAUUACCCUGCUUUGUGUGUUCAGUGCCGUGGUGUCGGCUUUCCUUGAUAACGUCACAACAGUUCUUCUCCUUACUCCUGUAACAAUAAGGUUGUGCGAGGUUCUGAAUUUGGAUCCCAAAAAUAUUUUAAUAGCGGAAGUUUUGUUCUCAAACAUUGGUGGUACUGCCACAGCCAUUGGUGACCCACCAAAUGUCAUUAUUGUAUCUAACUCGGAUAUGGGAAACAAAGGUAUAGAAUUUUCCAACUUUACUCUUCACAUGUUUGUUGGCAUCCUAUUUGUCAGUAUUGUGGGAUAUGGUGCCCUUCGAUUCCUUUAUCGUGACAUCACCAAACUUCAGAAUCAGGACCCACCAGAAAUAGCAGAGUUAAAACACGAGAUUGACCUUUGGAAGCGAGCUGCUGCGCGGGUGUCUGUUGUGUCGAGAGAGGAGAGCAUCAUGAAGGCACUGUUCCAACAGAAGGCGGCACAGAGGGAGAACGCUCUCAUCAGACAAAUCUACAGGAUGAAAAGAUCAGAGAAGAAAAGCUUUCAACAAAAUGUGAAGGAACUUGAAAGGAAGUACUAUAUCACUGACCGAUGGCUUUUGGUCAAGACUGGUAUUGUUUUGACGGGGGUCAUCCUCUGUUUCUUUCUCCAUUCCUUCAUCGAUAGCAUGCACAUAGGUCUUGGUUGGAUCGCCGUCAUGGGAGCGAUAUUUCUCUUGGUAGUGGCGGAUAUCAAAGAAAUGGAAAAUAUUCUUCACAGGGUCGAGUGGGCCACUCUAAUCUUCUUCGCUGCUCUCUUUGUUUUAAUGGAGGCUUUGACAGAGCUUCAGCUGAUCGAUUGGAUUGGAGACAAAGUCAGUGACCUAAUCAGUGGACUUGAUAAAGGCACGCAGCAAAACUCUGUCGCAAUUCUCCUUGUGUUGUGGGUCUCGGCCAUUGCAUCCAGCUUUAUAGACAACAUUCCGUAUACCACAGCUAUGAUUCCUGUAUUGGUCAAAUUAAGUGAAGAUCAAGAUAUACCCAUCUUUCCACUCACUUUCUCCUUGGCAUUUGGUGCAUGUUUAGGAGGCAAUGGAACGUUGAUUGGUGCCUCUGCUAAUGUAGUUUGUGCUGGCAUUGCAGAACAACAUGGCUAUGGCUUCAGCUUUAAAGAAUUCUUCAAGGUGGGAUUUCCUUUGAUGUUGGUGACUACAAUGGUAGCUAUGGUUUAUCUCCUUAUAUGUCACGUGGCCUUAGAUUGGAACUGAAAUCUGACUACUCCGGGUUGCAUUGAAAAAGAAGUUUGAACCAACAACUUCCAUCGUUCAAAGAAAUAUUACUGGAAAAAUAAAUUGCGCAUGCGUGAUACUGUUGUAUUCUAAUGACAAACUAUGAACAAAGAUUUAACUA